UCAUAGAUUGAAUCUUGAUAAACUAAAGCUCUCUCAUUCCUUUCAAUGGCUCCACCAGCAUCUUCAAUCCAAUUCAUUGAUACUGCGCUUUCUUGUACCAGUCCUCAUGCAUUAUCCUACCCAGACCCUAAACAAAAAUGGCUCAUCAGAAAACACCUUCUUUCGCUAAUCCAGGAAUAUCCAAGUUUCACCCCUUCCACCGAUACAUUCACCCACAACAACGGCACCGCCGUCAACCUUCUAAACGUCACCGGAGAACUCCGCGUCACCAGGUAUACCCCUCACGUACCUCUCACUAUUUGGCUCCAUGAAAAGUACCCUUACAUGCCUCCUUUAGUCUUUGUUUUGGCAAAUUCGAUGACCCCAAUUCAUCGAGACCACCCUUUUGUUGACCUAUCUGGUUCCACCUCUUCUCCUUAUCUCCAAACUUGGAUAUUCCCUCGAUGCAACCUCAUCGACCUUGUUCGUAACCUUGUCAGGAUUUUCAGUCGCGACCAUCCUUUCAUUUAUGGCUCUGCUGUCGCAAGCUUCACUCACCCUUCCCUUGUCUCAAAGAUGGAGGCUCUUGACCGUCUUUCGGGGAUGCUUCACUAUGAUAUGACGGCCUUUCUGGUAAAAAAUGAAGAAGAAUUGGAGGACUUGUCUAAGUUGCAGGAGGAACUGAUCAAGAGAGAGACUAUAACUAGAAACAUGAUCAGUAGUCUUGAGCAGGAGAAGUCCAGCCUUAAGGACAAAGUGACGAGGCUGGUGGAUGAAGCUGAUGUGGUAAUGAACUGGUUGAGAGUUAAUGGUGCGAACUCGGCUGCUGUUGGAGAAGAUGAAGCGGAGGCGUUUGAAGCUGCAGAUGAAGAAUCAAAACUGAAGAUUGAAUGCUUUAGCGCAGAUUGGGCCAUAGAGGAUUUGAUAUAUGCAUUGGACAAGGCAGUUGAGGAAGGAGCAGUGCCUUUUGAUGCAUAUAUUAAGCAAGUGAGAGUGCUGGCGAGAGAGCAGUUCUCAUAUAGAGCUAUGCUCCUGACACGUUCAACCCAAAACGACUGCUCAUCAAUGGUGGCUAUUGGCCAAUACAACACUUGAAAAUUGAUUAUGAUCAUCAAGAAAUUGGGAACACUUUUU